CAAAACGUAAUGUGAAGUGUUGAGUUGACUGAUCGAGAGAUUCGCGUUUAUGUUCUAAUUUUUUUGUUUUAGAUUAAUUUAAGUUAGUUUAAUAAAUGUUUUUAGCACAGUAGUAGUCUUAGGAUGACCAUGGAAAGGAGGAUAAAGCUGAAAACCCUUAACAGCCACAUAACUUGCAAGAUUUGCCGCGGAUACUUCAUAGAUGCUACCACAGUCACCGAAUGCUUACAUACGUUCUGCAAAAGCUGCUUAGUGAAACAUUUGGAGGAGAAUAACACAUGUCCAACAUGCGACAUCGUGAUACACCAGUCGCACCCACUGCAGUACAUCAGCUUCGACCGCACCAUGCAAGACAUUGUCUACAAGCUUGUACCAGAUUUGCAAGACAAUGAGCUCAAACGCGAGCGAAGUUUCUACCGCGUGCGGAACCUGCCAUGCCCCAAGGAUGCUGCAUUGGCUCUGGGAGAUAAGGGCGGUGCAGGUGAAGAGCCUGAACAGCCUGACAACACAGACAACCAUAGGAAAGAUGAACAGGUUAACGUCUGCCUGGAGUGUAUAUCAACAUCGCUCCGGACGCUGAAGCGCAGCUUCAUCCGCUGCUCCGCUCAGGCCACCAUUACGCACCUCAAGAAGUUUGUCGCCAAGAAGGUGCUCAAUGGCAUGGAGAAGUAUAGAGAAAUUGACAUCCUAUGUAACGACGAGCUCCUCGGCAAGGACCACACGCUGAAGUUCGUGUACGUGACCCGCUGGCGGUUCCGAGACCCGCCGCUGCGGCUCCAGUACCGGCCCAAGAUAGACCUCUAGCGAUGUGUGAUCCUUACAGUGAGACGAAUACUGCAACUUAGCACCUACAACAUUGAAUUGACCUUAUGUCUUUGCGAUAGAGUUUACAAUAGUAAAAGGUGACCACACGCUGAAGUGUACGUGACUCGCUGGCGGUUCCAGAGGGCCUACCGCGAACCACGUUCGACGUGUUGCCUCUCUGUCGCACCUGUAACUUUGUACGUAAGUGUGACAGGGAGGCAACACAUGGAACGUGGUUCGCGGUAGGCCCACAGUACCGGCCUAAGAUAGACCUCUAGCGUUGUGUGGUCGUUACAGUGAGACGAGGAGCUCCACGUGGUCGGUUAAAUAAUGUUAGUACAAUAACAAAAAUCGACAUAAUUUAGCAUAAAGGACCCACCAAAAUGUGUAAAUAAAAUGUGAACUCUCUAUCGAAAAGAUAAAAUUUUUGAAGAUGGAUCCUUUUCGCUAAAUUACGUCCUUCAAAUUGUCCAAACUGCUAAUAGACAAAUUGUAAACAUUAAUGUCAAAGAUAAAAGUUUCAUCCAUGGUCAGAUAAAUGUGUUGUUGUCUAGUACAUGCACCGGAGCACAGAAUAAAUAAUAUCACUACCGUACAGAAAGGAAACUACCUACAAAGCCGAAGUUUGACAGCGAUUCAGGGACGAAUAAUGCUAUCCCUUUCUAAUGUAUGGCACUAUCCCUUUCGGCUAUUUAGGGUUGUCAAAUGUAAUUAUCUUAUCUGUGGUCGUGCAGGCAAAGGAACGUCAAGUUUUUUAAUUGCUCGGAGCAUUGCUGUGCCGAACGGAGCUGAGAACGGCCGAACGCUGUAGUUUCCUCCAACUGACCGAAGAGUAUUUUUUGAAAUGUGGUGUGAUGUCAGUUUCAAACGAAGGAUCAUUCUAAUACCAUACCUAUUUGUAAGUAGUAAUAGAAUUUGUACUUUGAAAAAUGCACUCACUUGAAUUUUUUGAUGAUCAAUGUUCUCGUGUUGUCUGUCAGUUUUUAAUGAGUUUCAAAUUUAAUGGAAACGAAUAUGAUUACUUUAUGAACAAAUUAACAAAUAUUAUAGAUUAAUUGAUGGUUUUAUGAAUUGAUGGAUAAUAUUAACGAAUCUUACUAUUUAUUCAAUUUUAAAAUGUGAUGGCCGGAAAAACCUCCCUCUUUGUCGCUUGCCAUAAGGACGCCUUGUCAGGUUAUUCGUAUAAAGAUACAAGCUAAUCUCGUCCUUAUGGCAAGCGACAAACUGGGACUUUUUUCCGGCCGCGGUCACAAACAUGCUAAUACAAAUUGAUGUAAUGUUAAUUUAGUUACCUUAACAGUUUGCAGCCAAGAAUAAUUAGAAUUAUUUUAGUACAUUUUAUUUCUAACUAGAAUGCAAUUUAAUUUCGUGUAUAAGGUCAAAAUAAAAUACUAUACAUGUUUUUAUUUUAGGUUGUUAUUAUGUUUUAGUUAAUUUGUUAUGCAUUUAGUUUCUUCCUUUGACAUGAGAGGGGUAUUUUCUCAUUUUAGCCGGUUUUUUUAUAACGACAAACCACGUAUCCGGAAGGUUUUCUUUCUUUUUAUAAUUGACUGGAACAUUUUUAGAUUAAUUCAAAUUUUCCUUUAAUUAGUCUAAGUAAGCAAAUGAUUUAUUUAAAAUGAGGAGCAACUUUAUGUGAAUUAAUUGAAAUAUAUUUAGUUUUAAUGUUUAA